UGACUUUGGCAUUAACCGAAGAUGGCCGUGUAUAUGGAUUGGGAUCCCCGGUGAAUGUCUUGUCUGGGGUUGUUUGAACAGCUACUGCACUGGCAUAUUUUGCGAUAGCUUACCAGCCAACGGCCGGAAGAAAGUGAUAUCUGUCGAUGGCAAACCACGCAAUCUUCUGGAGCCCAUCCCACUCCCUUUCCUCGCCAUAUACAGAUCCCUGCUUCUUGUCACGGACAAUGGCCAAAGAUAUUCAUUACGUCUCAAACCAGCCAGCAGUGCGGCCAAGAAAUAUCGGGAUAUUCCGGUUCCAUGAUUGAUUUAUUCUGAGCCCAUACGCAACAGGGAGCUUUGUGGGUGGGAGCAGGUCGUCAAUACUACAUACCCGCCUCGUAUAAAGAUAUUUAAAAUGGGUAAGGAUCUAGUCAGAACCAAACAUGUGAGAUAUGGGAAUCCAGACGAAGGGAAAAGUAUAAAACUUCGAGGGCAUAAACCGAUUAUCCCAUCGCGAAGUUUUUAUAGGGCUAAGCUAGGGGGUAGCCGGGUGGGAACAAGAGAGAAAAGACCAGCCACAUAUUCACUAAUUCAUUCAUGAAGGGAUCCUCAUCGCAGUAUUACUGCGCAUAUUCUUUUUAUCUCUGGUUUCUGUUUUUAAGAGCAUCUUCAUCAUUCUAUUUCAUCGCAUAUCGGCUUCUCUCGGCACUUAUAC